AUGAUGAUAUUAUGUCUAAUUUUGAUCCUUGGAGUUUUGGGCUGUCAAUCAAAAAUAAAUCACAAGGACAGCAGUUAUUUGAAUCAUGUACAACUGGUUCAUCAAUUCAGAUGUUCAUUACCUCAACCAAGAGCGGUGCGGAUCGAAGAACUUUUAUCAGUAGGCCCCAGUCCUGAUGAAAUAUUCUACCCAUUUUCAACAGUCUUGUCUCGUUGUGAAGGUGCUGGCUGUUGUCCCCAAGAAAACCAAGUGUGUGGACCGAUUCAGACUCGGAAUGUAAGCUUAGUAUUUAUGGUCAAGCAUCGGAUUGAUCAGCAGCGAGACCGGCAUCACGAAGUAAUUCACGCCGUGGAACAUGUCAAAUGUGCAUGUGUUGAUAAAGACAAGGAACCUUUUCAAAAUUUCUAA